AAGGAAGUGAGUGGUAUCUCACUUGAUUUAAGCGUCGCCACAUCUCACAUAGUCGAUGUGCAUACAUGUACCCAAGUGAAAACCAUCAGCACUGACAGCAUCACACUGAGACUCACUCAAUCGGAGUAAUGUAUCUCACAAAAGCACUAACUCUCGCCCUCCUCCACACUCUAGUCUCCGCCCAGACAGUAGUGACAACAGUCACUGAAGCGCCCACAAGUCCAACGGCAGAGCCACAGUGGACAUCAGACAACACUUUCACCUCGGCCGUUCUCAACAGCACGAACUUCUAUCGCGGCGAGCACAAUGCGUCUUCUGUAACAUGGAACGAAACGCUCGCCGACUUCGCGACCGACUACCUUGACGACAUGUCGGGUGACAGCUGCGACUUUGAACACUCGGGCGGCCCCUACGGCGAGAACUUGGCUAAGGGAUACCCCAACACGACGGCGAGCGUUGAGGCGUGGGGCGAAGAGCGCGACGACUACAACUUCAAGAAGGGCGAAUUUGACGAAGAGACGGGUCAUUUUACACAGCUCGUGUGGAAGGACACAACGGAUGUCGGAUGCGGGCGCAAGUUAUGUGGCGAUGGCCAGUGGUAUCUUGUGUGCGAAUACUGGCCGAGGGGCAACGUCGUGGGUCAAUUUACAGAGGAGGUGCAAAGUCGAGAGUCGCUAGGUGUGCGAAUGAGUCCUAGUAUCACUCCGUGGCUGUUAGCUAUUGUCGGGAGUGUGACUGCACGUAUUUUGUCUUGAAGAGGCAUUCAUCGCCGGCGCUUAUUUAGAUGAAGGAGAGACCCUUUCCUGAUGGCAAUCUGACAUCGCGAACAAGGAUUCCGGUUCUGCCCCUUCAAUUGCAUAUUCCAGGCUUAUUCGUGACAGCCAAAAUCAUUCAUCGG